GGGUGCGCUGACUUCAGUCGCAGCAUCUCUACAAUAUCCUUGACUUUCAAAAGGUGAUCCUGGGACCUGUAUUUAUCAGUAGAAGGAUUUUUAAAAAAAAAUUAUAAAGACAUAAUUUGCUUGUAAAGGAGAUUGAAAAAGAAGGGAAAUAUCAUAAAUUUAGUAAAGUACGCUAUCCAUGGUCCUGAAGACUGGAAUAUCCAAGCCGGUGAGAAGAACACAUUUUGAGGUCUAAUAUUCGACGGGGACCCUUUAACAUAAAGGCAAUAUGAUCGAAGGCAAAUGUCACUCAGUAGCUGCUUUGUGGGUUUAUCUCUGGGGAGUUGCGGUGUUCCUCAGCUUGGUGACAACGAAGGAAAUAGCAGGUUCAAGGACCCGUAAUCCCCCUAUGUCUCCAUCAGACUUCCUGGACAAACUGAUGGGAAAGACAUCAGGAUACGAUGCAAGAAUUAGACCCAACUUUAAAGGCCCUCCUGUCAAUGUCACCUGCAACAUAUUUAUCAACAGCUUUGGCUCAAUUGCGGAGACAACGAUGGAUUAUCGCCUGAACAUUUUCCUGCGUCAGCAGUGGAACGACCCUCGGCUGGCUUACAGCGAGUACCCUGACGACUCUCUAGACUUGGACCCAUCCAUGCUGGAUUCAAUUUGGAAACCAGAUUUAUUCUUUGCCAAUGAGAAAGGAGCCAACUUCCAUGAGGUGACAACAGACAACAAGUUAUUGAGAAUUUUUAAAAAUGGCAUUGUCCUUUAUUCAAUAAGAUUGACUUUAAUUCUUUCCUGUCCAAUGGAUCUAAAAAAUUUCCCGAUGGACGUUCAAACCUGCAUAAUGCAGUUGGAGAGCUUUGGUUACACAAUGAAUGAUCUUAUCUUUGAAUGGCAAGAGAAUGGGCCAGUACAGGUUGCCGAAGGACUCACCUUGCCACAGUUUCUCCUAAAAGAAGAGAAAGAUUUACGAUACUGCACAAAGCAUUACAAUACAGGAAAAUUCACAUGUAUUGAAGUGCGAUUCCAUCUUGAGAGACAGAUGGGUUAUUAUCUCAUUCAGAUGUACAUUCCCAGUCUUCUGAUCGUCAUUCUUUCCUGGGUGUCCUUUUGGAUAAAUAUGGACGCAGCCCCUGCAAGAGUAGCCUUGGGUAUUACCACAGUUCUCACAAUGACCACACAAAGCUCUGGAUCUCGAGCUUCUCUCCCAAAGGUGUCCUACGUCAAGGCAAUUGAUAUCUGGAUGGCGGUUUGCCUGCUGUUUGUGUUUUCUGCCCUUCUGGAAUACGCCGCUGUUAACUUUGUGUCAAGGCAACACAAAGAGCUCCUCCGUCUUCAGAGGAGGAAACGGAAGAAUGUUGAGGGGAUGCUUGAUGGAAAUGAAAACAUAGACACGGUGCGACGUAGCAAUGGCUUGAGAAACAGCGAACCAAUUUACGGGACUCUGGCACAAAUCUACAGUUCAAAUUUCAGGGACGAUGAGGUGAGGGAAAGUCGCUUUAGCUUCACUGCAUACGGGGUGGGACCUUGCCUCCAAUCAAAAGAUGGAGUAGCUCCGAAAGGGGCCAUCAGCACGUCCCAACCUGCACCAAAAGGCCAGGAAGAUAUGAGGAAACUCUUCAUUGACAGAGCCAAGAAGAUCGACACAGUGUCAAGAGCUGGUUUUCCGCUAGCCUUUUUAAUUUUCAAUAUUUUUUAUUGGGUCAUCUACAAGAUUCUCAGACAUGAGGACAUCCACCAGCAGUAAUAGUCAGAGGUUUCAACAGACAGUUAUUUAAACCUGGAAAGCAUCCAAGUGUGAUAAAGAGCUAAUUUCUUAAGCCAGGAAAAUUCUUCUUUAAUAUAUUGAACAAUGACAUUGGGUGAAACUAUGCAAAUCUGAAGAGGAACGUAAGUGAAUAAAAGUAAAUCAGUCAUCCAGUUCUUUCUGCAUUUUCACAUCACACAGAGUACUUGAAGAAGAGAUUGUUUAUAUGAGCUAAAAGUGAUAGGCAAAGUAAAACACAGACUGAAAUGAUGUUAAUAGUCCUUUCCUUUUUAUGUUUCUAUAUGACUGUUUCCAGUUUAGAGAAAGCAAUAAAAAUAUACUGCAGACACAUGAAGAGAGUAACCACUGUACAAAAAGAAAAGGAAUACCUGGGAGAGAGUGUGGGAUAUUGAUAACUCAAGUCAAUUUUAUUACCAAGUACAACGCAGAAUGUAGACACAGACAAGGCACAAAAAAUAUAUAAAAUAUACAUAAGUUAAUGUAUAUGCGGCAGUAAAGAGGGGGAUAAAGAUAGUAAGAUAGUAAAGCAAGACAUUAGAGCAAAAAAAAACAGAACUGGAGACAAGUCCAUGGCAGUGCAAGAGGUGAUCGGUAGUGUUCUGUUGCUAAAGUAGGAUUGUCCAUUUCAGUUCAGUACCUCUUAUCAUUUGACCAACCCUUUGAUUUGAUUCAAAUGUGGGUCGUAAAGCAACCUCACAGUGGAGAGUCCUGGACAGUGCUUCCAUUUCACCCCUUUCCAGCUCUCGUUGGAUUUUGUGAUCAUGCCCCACAGUGGAGGUUCCACUAAUGCCAGCAAGGAAGGUGACCUAUUCUCAGUAGAGUUUGGACCAGCAAGGCGUGCUGCCAUUGAGAUGUAAUAGAUUGUGAGAUUAACAAGGUGGAGACUAUUGGAUCUGAUGAUACUGAUCCAGAGAUUUUUCAGAAGUAAAAAGUGAGGCUUAAAUCUUGUGAUAAUUAGGUGUUUAUAAAAAUAAAAAAUAAUGGUAACCAACUCAGUCUGCCGUAACGGAGAGAGAAAACAAAGGAGGAGAACAAAGAAAAGAACAAAGAAAUUGCGUUUGUCUUAUGCUAAAGUUAAGCUCACUAGAGAGUUAAAACGCAUUGCAGUGAUAAGAGGAAGCCCAUGAAAUAGUCAGGUUCGAGUGUUCACCUUUUCUGUUGAAAUGAUAUAAGACAUUGGUGAGGCCUAAUUGUAUGCAGUUCUGGUCACCUACCUACAGGAAAGAUAUCAAUAAGAUUGAAAGAGUGCAGAGAAAACUACAAGGAUGUUGCCGGGACUCGAGGACCUGAGUUGCAGGGAAAGGUUGAGUCGAUUACGAAUUUAUGCCCUGGAGUGUAGGAGAAUGAGUGGAGAUUUGUCAGAGGUAAACAAAACUAUGAGCGGUAUAGGUAGGGAAAUUGUAAGCAGACUUUUUCCACUGAGAUUGGAUAAGACUAGAACUAGAGCUCAUGCAUUAAGGAUGAAAAGUGAAUUAUUUAAGGAGAACCCUUAUUCACUCAGUGGGUGGUGAGAAUGUGGAACAAGCUGGCAGCGGAAGUGAUGGAUGUGGGUUCAAGUUCAGAUUUUAAGAGAAAUUUGGAUAGGUACAUGGAUGGCAGGGGUAUGGAGGUCUAUGGUCCAGGUGUGGGUCAACGGGACUAGGCAGAAUAAUAAUUCGGCGUGGAGUAGAUGAGCGGAAGGACCUGCUUCUGUGCCAUAUUGCUCUAUGGCUCCGUAACCUCCGAGACAGAGCACAAUGGAGGGCUAUGGGAAUCAGGGUCCUGAAAUGAGUGAUUAGCCAUGACAUUAUCAAAUCAUGGAACGGCUUUGAAAUGAAGGCUGUCAGGUUUAGAUUUAUUGUGUUCUUUGGAACCGUCCAUGAUCUAGCCCAGGCAAUUAUCAGGGGAGUUCCCACCUCCACCUUUCCAUAAAUUAUCAGUGGGUCCCUAUUUCAGAAUAAAGAUCAGGAUGCCAUCAUAGGUUUGGGAUUAAAUCAAUCCCUUAAGAAGGUAGAGAAUGAACAAGGAAAGUGGCCAGUAAAAUUCAUGGUUCUUGGUGUACUCAUCGCUAUGACAUGUUGUUUUCAUUUAGUUACGAAAGCUAGGACAUGUUGGGAUAGCACAACAGAAAAUGAUCUAGAGAUUAGACAGGAGAUAGAAGAAAAAUACAAGAGAGCUGAAAAAGAAAUUAGAUUUGGAAAGAUUAGGCCAGAAGAGAUUUUCUUUAUUUUUUAUUGAUAAUUAAAAUAUGUGAGCAAGACCAGCAUUUAUUGCUUUUUUCCCAAUUGUCCCUGAUAAGAUGUCGGUGAACGGCCUUUUUGAACUGUUGCUCCCACAGCACAAUGUAAGCCCAAAGACAGUGAAGGAAUGGUGAUAUCUUUCCCAAUCAGGAUGGCAUAUGACUUGCAGAGGAAUCUGAGGGCCCUGGUGUUCCCACGCACGUUGCCUUUGAUGCUGGAGAGGUGAGUUUUGGUGCAGCUGUCCCUGUAGAUGAGAUGGAUUUGCUCUACAUAUUUUCUUCAAAAACACAUUUAUUUCUGGAUAGCUGGUGUUGAACAAGGAGGAAGGCACUGGAUAAUACUCCCUGUGAUCUUGUGAAAAUGCAGGAUGAACUUUAAAAGCAUCUGAUGAUGCAAGCCAAUUUUCAAUAUCUAUUUUGCAAGCACCAACACAUGCACUUUACAGCUUUGCUACUUAAGUACAGUGAUGGAGUUUGCUUUAGUACAGGAUGUACUACAUGCUGUAACUGUGUAAUACAUUCAGCUCUACCUGCGCUCCAGAUUAGAACAAUGGCACAAGGUGACAUCAAGGCUGUAACCCAUUUUUGGCUUUUCUGCUUUGCAUACCUGGGCGGUGACUGCAACAGUGAGCAGGAUUGUGCCUCCCCAUCUCACUCAACCGCUCACACCUAGCUCCUCAACACAGGCUCAAAAGCCACUAUUUCUCCAGCCGAGGAGCAGGAAAAAAGUGUUCCUCUUCAAGAAGAUUGACAGACUCAAACUUCACAAGGUCAGGGCAUUGACACCUGUGACCUGCCAGGCUUCAUUAAUGGCUGCUUGCCGUGAGGUAACCUUAGCAGUCUAAAGCAAGUGAUCCUAGCAGUCUACAUGAUGACGUGUGAAACACUAGAACAGAUGUUGAAAACUUGGACGUUAUUUGGGGAAGCUUUAAUGAAUGCCCGCUUAAGCUUAGCUAAGAUUUCUUAAGUACAACCUCCAAAAGAGUGCUUUCAAGUAUUUGUGUUACAGGAUGAACAGAAGCUGAAAGGAAGUCCGGUGACCAAAACCCCAUUUUUCACACUUGACAAGCAGAGCUACUUUCUAAUCACAUGUGCUUCGUAACGUAAAGAAACUGGAAGAAGUCAUUGUGAUUCUGGAUAAUAUUGUGAAUGGCUUUCUGCAAAAUGAUUCCCUCUGAAGAAUGUAAACUUAAAGAGAAGGUGUUUACUUUUUCUUCCUUGGAGUUGGAGACUUUAAAAUGGACCUAUAGGGUUUGCACUGACUAUGCUCCCCAUCGCCUCCCCUGUUUAUAAAUGGACCUCCUGUCAGCUGUACUCUUGGAAGUUAAAAGCAAGUCAAGCCUUAGAACUGUGUAUUGAUGAAUCAGUGUGUCCACUGAUCUUGCGCUCACACAAAUACUUUCUAUUGUCAAGAGAACAUUAUGAGUACAGCUGAACUGAUGAUUUUACAACCACUCUAAAACUUUCAAGCAAAAACUAAUGGUCGCUUUUCUUUUUUAAAAAAAUCUACUGCCUCAAGGUGUCUUUUAAAGGGAAGACAGAAUUUCCAAAAUUAUCUCCUAUAUUUCUCUAGAUGUUGCAUGUGAUUUAUUGCUGGAGGCCAACGCUUUAUUGCUGGUCAUCAGUGCUGUCUGAAGGAAAAUUUUAAAGAAAUGUAUUUAUCAAAUGCCUAUCAAUGCCGCUUUAUGUACCUUGAGUGGACAAACAUUUCUUGAACAGACGUGCUUCCAUCCAGUUGAAGGCUGGCUAUGCUGGGUUGCGUGAAAAUUAUCCAGUACAAUAUUGUGUUACAAGUAUUUGCCUCAUAUUCAUGCAUUGGCUAUUCUAACAAGGGCAAGGACACAGAAACAGAAUAAGCACCUAGUUCUUGACUAGGAACUGCCACCAACAUGGCCAUUAUGGACUAUGGCUUAUCCUAUCACCCUGUGAAAUACACCCAGUGGCCACUUUAUGAGGUGCAGGGGUGGAACUCGCUAUGGUCAUCUGCUGCUCAAGGUCUGACGUGUUGUGCGUUCAGAAAUGCUCUUCAGCACACCACUGUUGUAACACCUUGUGUUCCUGUCACCGUGACGCAGUCCAGCCGUUCUCCUCUGACCUCUCUCAUUAACAAGGUGGUUUCACCCACCGAACAGUUUUUCACUGGAUAUUUUUUACACCAUUCUCUGUAAACUCGAGAGACUGCGUGGAAAUCCCAAGGAGGUCAGCAGUUUCUCAGAUACUCAAACCACUCCAUCUAGCACCAACAAUCAUUCCAUGGUCAAAGCCACUUAGAUCACAUUUCUCCCCCAUUCUGUUGUUUGUUGUGAACAACUGAACCUCGUGACCAUGUCUGCAUGCUUUAUGCAUUGAGCUGCUGCCAAGUGAUUGGCUGAUCAGAUAUUUGCAUUAAUGAGCAGAUGUACCUAAUAAUGUGGCCACUCCCUGUAUAUUACAAUCUUAAAAGUAAAUCUUGGUUUUACAGUAUGACUAGAGGAAUUUGGACUUGUGUUUUAGUCAGCAAUAUUGCACAGAGUCAAUUUCAACUGCAAAAUUAUUCAGUAAUGAUUUAUUGACCAGUAAUCAAAAAUUUUAAUAAUAUUAAUGGCUUUUCCAUUAUCACUUGAUACAUUGGCCAGACAAGCAUUUGUCUCCUUGUAGGAUUUUGACAGAGCACUGAAUGCACCAAUAUUACAGGCCACCAUUCAUUAAUCAGCUUACCCAAUAAUGGCUGCAGUGUGAACCCACUGUGCACAACGCCAUGAACCCAAAAGCCUUGCAUUGACAAAUUUUUCCAUCCAAAGGAUCUGAUUGUCUAACACACUAAUUUAAGAGUGUAGAGAAAUGCUGGUAACCAAAAAACAGACACUAUGUAUGCAAGUACUUGUGUUCAGUUUUGGCUGCCCUGCUAUAGGAAACAUGCUAUUAAACUGGAAAGAGUGCAGAAAAAGAUUUACAAGGAUUUAGACCAUAAGACCUUAAGACAUAGGAGCAGAAUUAGGCCAUUCAGCUCAACGUGUCUGCUCCGCCAUUCCAUCAUGGCUGAUUUAUUAUCCCUUUCAAUCCCAUUCUCCUGCCUUUCCCCGUAACUUUGACACCCUGAUUCAUCAAGAAACUGUCAACCUCUGCUUUAAAUAUACCCAAUGACUUGGCCUCUACAACUAUCUAUGGCAAUGAAUUCCACAGGUACGCUACCCUCUGGCUAAAGAAAUUCCUCUUCAUCUCUGUUCUAAAUGGAUGCCGCUCGAGUCCAUGAAUUCUCAAUCUUUUUUAUGCUAUUAUCCUUACCAUUAACCAAGUGGUCCGUGAAUCCCUGAGGCUAUGCCCUCUGGUCCUACACUCACCCACUAUAGGAAACAUUCUCCCUAUAUCCAUUCUGUCUAGACCUUUCAAUAUCCAAUAGGUUUCAAUAAGUUCCCCCCUCAUUCUUCUAAAGCCAGAGAAUCAAAUAUUGCUCAUACAUUAACCCUUUCAUUCCUGAAAUCGUGCAGGAGGAUUCCCAAGUCCCUUUGCACCUUUGAUUUUUUUAUUUUCUCCCCAUUUAGAAAAUAAUCUACACCUUUAUUCCUUCUACCAAAAUGCAUGGCCAUACAUUUUCCUACACUAUAUACCAUCUGAUAGUUCUUUGCCAUUCUCCCAAUCUAAGUCCUUCUAUGGACUCCCUGCUUCCUCAACACUACUUGCAUCUCCAUCUAUCUUUUGCCAGGACGUAAGUGACUGGGUUACAAGGACAGGCUAGGACCUUAUUACUUGGAAUGUAUAUGACUGAGAUAAUCUUAUAGAGGAGUAUGAGAUCAUGAGGGGCAUAGAUAGGGUGAAUACACUCAGUCUUUCAUGCAGGUUCAGCAAUCAAGAAUUAGAGUUCAUAGGUUUAAGGUAAAAAGGAAAGAUCUAAUUUUUUUUGCACAAAGGAAUGGGCUGCCAGAGCAAGUACAAGAACACCUUUUAAACGACAGGUGCAUGGAUUGCGACAGAGUUGAAGUUUAUGGGUAAACACUGGAAAUAGGGAAUAGCUUGGAUGGGGCAACUUGGUCAACGUGAACCAGGCUGAAGGGCAGAUUCCCCGCCAUUACGCUACGCAACACAAAAUGAUAGUUCACAAACACGAGGAAGUCUGCAGAUGAUGGAAGUUCAAGCAACACACACAAAAAAAUGCUGGCGUUCACCAGCACUUUUUGCGUGUGUUACAAAAAGAUAGUUUCAUGUUUGAACUUUUGCAGUUCAAUAGGAUCAUGGAUCGAACAUCUCCCAUUUAUGGCCAUAGUCCUUGCUAAACAUGUGAAGUCUCACCUGCGUCCCCACAAUCACUUCUAUUGUGUGGAGUGUAGCAGUUUAGUUGAGUAAGAAGCCAUGUGAUGGAAUUGGAUUUAAUUUCAACAUCUAAGAGAGAUUUGGAAAGGUACAUGGAUGGGAGAACUAUGGUCCGGAUGCAGGUCGAUGGGAUUAGGCAGGCUAAUAGUUUGGCAUAGACUAGAUGGGCUGAAGGGCCACUUCCUGUGCUGUAAUAUUCUUUGAUUCCAUGACUUGAAGAAUUUUGAUGUGUUUCAUGCUACUGAUCGAGAAUAACUUUCUUCCCCACCACACCCCAAUUUGUUAUCAGAGUUGCCAAAUCUCCAGAUACCAUCUAUAAUUUCUGCAGAAAAUUAUCAUGGGUUUUUACUGUCAUGCAUGUAAUGUAGUAUCAGCCAUGCAUUGUAUCCCACUUCCAGCGCAAGGGGCUGGUGGAGGCAGGUGGUUAUAGAGUCAUAUAGCACUGAAACAGGCCAUUGUCCAUGCUAAGCAAGGUGCCCGUAUAAGCUAGUUCCAUUUGCAUACGCGUGACCCAUAUCAUUCUAAACCUUUCCUAAAUAUGUACCUGUCCAAUUGUAUUUAAAUGCCGUCAUUGUAGCUGAUUUAACAACUUCCUCUGGCAGCUCAGAAUCAGAUUCAGGUUUAAUAUCAUUGACGUAUGUCAUGAAAUCUGUUGUUUUGCGAUAGCAGUACAUUGCAAUACAUAGUAAUAAAAACUAUAAAUUACAAUAAGUAUAUAUUAAGAAAAUAAUUAAAUAAGCAGUGCAAAGAGAGAAGGAAGAAUACUGAGGAAGUGUUCAGAGGUUCAUUCUCCAUUCAGAAAUCUGACAUCUGAGGGGAAAAACUGUUUUUGAAACAUAGAGUGUGUCACUUCAGGCUCCUGUACCUACUCCUUGAUGGUAGCAAUGAGAAGAGGGCAUGUCCUGAGUGAUGUGGGUCCUUAAAGAUGGAUGCUGCUUUUUUAAGCCAUCUUCUUUUGAAGGUGUCUUUGAUGCUGGGGAGACUAGUGCCCAUGACAGGGCUGGCUGAUUCUACAACUUCCUGCAGUUUUUUUUUUAAAUCCUGUGCAGUGGCCCCGCCAUACCAGACAAUGAGGCAACCAGUUAGAAUGCUUUUAACAGUACACCUGUAGAAAUUUGCAAGUGUCUUUGAUGACGUAUCAAUUCUUCUCAAACUCCUAAUGAACUGUGGACCACCCUCUGUAUAAAAAAGUUGCCUUUCAAGUUUCUAUUAAAUCUUUCCCUUCUCCCCUUAAACCUAUGUCCUCUCCAACCUAGGAGAAAGACUGUGUGCAUUCAGCCUAGCCAUGCCCUUCAUGAUUUUAUACAUCUCUAAAAACCUCAACUCUUUCUCUCUGAUCAGAUGCUGCCUGACCAGCUGUGCAUUUCCACCAUUUUCUGUUCUCUUGUUUUAGCAACAGCAAACGGUAGGCAUUGAAAACCUCUGCCUUCAAAAUGAAAGGAGAUCCUCCAGUUUUACCCAUUAUGGUCCGGAUAUGACACCCUACCCAUAGGCUGACUAUCAAACAUCCUCUGAAUUAGCCCAGCUAUUUGAGGGCAAUUUCAAUGGACAAAUUCCUAACCACCCUUAUCCUGUGAAUCAAUUGACUCUCUGCCUUUUUCUUAUCAUAUUCUCUAUCUCGAUAAUAAUAACAUAAAAAUGCUAACCAAUUCAGCCAUCAUCAUCACUGCUUAAAGUCAACACAUUGUUGUUAUUCUGGUGAGCUGAUUGGCAGCUUCUUCUAACUGGAACGGCCAUAUAUGGAAGUAAAUGGUAAUCAGACAUAUCGCAAAUCAUCUGUUUCCAAUUCAUUAUAUUUCCCAAAGAGGAUGCAUGAUUUUAACUCCCUCUGCACAGGAGAAGGAGAAUUAUGGCAGAUUUAGGAGUUAUGAUGAUAGUUUAACCAACUUUCUAUGAUGUGCCUUGUUAUGUGAGAACUUGCUUGAUAUAAUGUAUUUUGUGGGCUGUGAUAUAUGACAAAGUAUUAGACCCUGUGAGCUUGGCUUACAACAAUGGAUAGGACUGGAAGAGAAUGUUGUCCAGAGGAGACCAAUCAGUCCCUCAGCUCUAGUCUGCCAUUCAAGAAGAUAAUGCAGAUCCUAAUGGGAAUGCCAUGACUAAUCCUGUGAGAAAAGAUAAAUGCCUGAGUUAUCUUAACAUUCUUUAAGAUUUUAAUUACUUUUUUGUUGGUGCUUAAGGGUGUCUGUAACUAAAUUUUGUUUCAGCUCCCUAGUAAUUUUAAAUCCUGUCACUGAUUUUGGAAGUCUCUGUCAGACUUGUGAAGGAGUUGCGUGGAAAAUGUAGUCAGUGUAUUGUUGGACUGGGAACUUAAGGUAUACAGAGGCCUACUUGCUUCCUCAAGCCCUCUUUGCCUCCUUCGAGUUGCAAGGGAUUGCUUCCCGGGCCCUCUGCUUCCGCGAAAUGUGGACUGGAGGCCACUGGGUAGAGCAGUGAGCAUUGAAACAGACAGAGCAUAAAACAGCGAACAUUAGAGCAUAGUAAAGACCCUUCAGUCCAUAAUGUUAUGCUGACCUUUUAAACUACUCCAAGCUCAAUCUAACUCUUCCUUUCUGCAUAGCUCUCCACUUUUCCUUCAUUGAUUUUCCUAUCUAAGGUUUGUGUAUAUAUAUAAUGUAUCUGUCUCUACCACCACACCUAUCUUUGUAAAAAAAAACCUACCUCUGACAACCCCCUAUACUUCCAACCACCUUGAUAGAAGUGUAUAAAGAUACCUAGCGAUGAUUAUAGCCACUGACCAAUACUCCCACAUGCCUUUAGCGCUGGUCACCAAACGUAGAUAUCUCUCCCUCCUGACUGUUUCUCUUGUGCCUUUCCAAAACUUUGGAGAUUCCAAUCCUUUUAUUGCCAAUGACAUACUUUAAAAAUGCAGUCUCUAUUAUUAUGUAAACUCUAAUUUGUUCCAGGCAGAUUGGAAACAGGUUAUCAGUUUUAGCAAUUUAUAACUGUGGGAUUAAUAUCCCUCAAAACACUGAGGAUUAAAAUUGUGCAGUGGGUCCAUGUGUAUCCACCUGGAGCCUCAGUGUAUCAACAUAUGUAAAAGAUCAUACUUCUUUUCAGGUUCAAUCAACAGGUUGGGAGCCUUCUGAGCCAGAGGUGGGAGUCAUACUAGCUGGACUACACAAAUUGUGUUAAAAUAUGACACCAACAAAUAAUUAUAGAAUUGAAAGGGAUAUGAUCAUAUCCUCAGCAGUAUUAAAGUCCCUCAAACAAUGGGAAUGAGAUAAUCAGUGAGAUGUUUAUGGAAUUCAAAGUGAUGAUACAAUUGGACAGAGAAGUGAAACAAGACUGCAGCAUUAUCGUGAGUGUGGUAGGUAGUGUGAUCACUAAAGUCGAGUAUGAUGUUCUCCUAAGGCAGGGUUUCCCAACUAUGGGUCAUGGAUGCAUUGGUUAAUGGUAGGGGUCUAUGGCUUUAAAAGGAUUGGGAACCCCUGUCUUAGGGGGUUGCCUAAUGCUGGGUCCUCAGCUGGCUGCAGAAGCCAAUCUGAGAUCCACGUAUUCUGAUGCAGUGUGGGCAAAAGUAAGAGCCAUUCUUAGUGGCUGGGUCUUUUGGUUGUUCAGUCUGUCCUUUCACAGUACGGAACACUUGACAACACAGAAGCCUGAUACAAAAGAUGUUUAAUCUUUAAUGAGAGCAUAGAUGAAAAUUCUUGAAGUAAAUUGGGGAGAUCAAGAGGUAUGGAUAGGUCCAGUUCACGGACCCUCAUUUGUUUGUGUUUUGGAGCUCCAUGUUCUUUUAGCUCAGAGCAAAAUAUGAAGACAACAUGCCACAAUGCAGCAUCAGCUGUACCAAACAGCUGCCAAAUGGAUUUAAGUUAUAUGCUUGUCACCUGAACCAUUAACUCUGCUUCUCUCUCCACAGAUGUCACCUGACCUGCCAUAAUUCCUGUUUUUAAUUCUUGUUUCUGUCACCCAUACCAGUUUAUUUUUAGAUCUACAUCAACACUGUUGAAGUUCACAGAAAUACUGCCAGCUAAUGACUCAGACUUAUUUCAGACAUAACCAGUUGGUUAAUCCACAAGACACACAGGCCAUCUGAAAGCACCGUUAUUUCUCUUUCUUUGGUAAUCCCACAAGAUUAAAGGAGGCUUGCUUCCACCAUGGUCCCUGGCUCCUGAGGUAGCCAAUUAGGCCAAUGUGAGACCUGCAGACUCAUUUACAGGUGGGGCAAGAGGUGCUUGAAAGAAUGAGUCAUUAGGUUGUUUUAAAUACUUCCAUCAUUCUCCCCUUGUCUCUGUAUGCUUCCAUUAAAGAGAGCUCAUUGUCUUUUUAGAUGUUCCUUCUCCAUUUUUAGCAGAUUUAGACUAGCAAUUCCCAUCUAUCAGUGGGAAUAUUACAGUUUCCUUCAUGUAAACUUUAAGGACACACAUCAGCAAUGUUCUAUUUUCCCUGAUACACUUUUUCUCAAAGGAGCUCAGGAUAGAGUGCUUGUUUCAGAAGUCUGGUGCUGGGCAUGCACCCAUUGAGCCUGAUCACAGCCACCCUCAAUGUUGGCCCUCGAGAGGCUACUGACAUGAGCUGACAGAUCCUACCAAUGAAACUGGAGGAUUUUGUGGAGACAAUGUUUGCGAUACUUCUCUGUUGUUAUAGUUUGUCCAUAUCUCUGAUACAUACAGGUGGGAUUUAUUGCUUCCUGAUGGUCCAGUUGUCAACUUUGAGGUUUUAAUCUUCAAACACAUUUUCGCUCCAUUAGAUGAAGAUUGCACCGGUUGGCACACACCAGUACUACUGUUGCUCAUUACAGUUAAACACAUGAAGUCUGUUAUCUUAACUGACUUGUUUUUUCUAAGAUGUACAACAAGGACUCAAACAAUGAGAAAAAUAUAUCUACAUAUUGUGAAAUGUGCCAAUAUACAUUGUCAUCCAUGAGCUAUACAAUUUAUGCAAUGGUGCGCAGAGCUAAGUUAUUUUACUGGUGUAUUAGUUCAAACAUGACUUAAUAUUUUCAGUAUAUUUAUAAUGCAGAUAUUAAAUACUUCUGAUGAAGUGUUACUUUAGCCUAUACUUUGUACGUGAUGUUUUUUUGGGGCAAUGGUUUUGCAAUGAUUUCUCAUAUUUCAGUCAAAUACAAACUAAAAUAUUUCUUCACAUGUGUAUAAUUAUAAAGGAUUUAUGAAUAGAAAUAAUAUUGCAUGAAAUAUAAAGUGAAUUUUACUGUGCUUGUCAUAUUUUGAAUAAGAUGCGAGCUGAGUCUGUGUCCAACGUGAAUUCUAGAGUGUAUAUGUAUUUGUAAAUACCUUGAUGAAUAAUUUAUGCAA